AUGCCCUGCGGCAAUACGAAGACGCCCUGCGGCUUCACGAGGAGCGUUUUGAAUUCUGGCGAGUCAAGCAGGGGGAGGCGGGAGGCGUUGACCCUUGAUGCGAAGUACGAAGUGGCCAACUGCCUUGUAAGACUGGGACGCGCCCAGGAAGCUCUGCCGAAGAUCCGUCAAGUCUAUGAGACGAGGCGAACGACGGGUUUGGAAGCGCCAACACAUCCGGACGUGGAGAUUAGCAAGGUGCUAUACGCCGAAGCUUUGGUCCAACUAAAGCGCUACGGCGAUGGUUUGGUUCACCUAAGGGAGGUGGAAGCUGUUCGUCGUAGUCGUAAAAAUGGCGAGCACAGCCCUGAGACGCUGAUCGUGCAAUUCAAAAUCGCCAGCGCCCUCCAGGAGCAGGGAGGGGAGAAUUGGAAGAAGCGCUGA